GAUUUCAGUUAAAAGAUGUGUUUUUGUGAGUGGAGCCCCGCGGAAGAACUGAAAGCUGUUUUGUGUUAUCCCCGCAGAAAUGCAGCCAUGAUUCUUUCCUCCUGUAAUAUCAUUCAGUCGAUUUUCUGUUGCUGUUGUUGCUGUUCAGGGCGGAAGCGACAAGUGAGAAUACAAAAAAGCCUGAGCAAAGAUGAGGAACUUUCAGAAAAAUACACUCAGCGUCACAGGCCGUGGUUCAGUGAAUUGUCAAGUAAGAAGAAGUCCAACAGGGGCCGCGUGCAACCAUCCAAACGCAAGCCACUGCCUCCCCUCCCACCCUCUGAGGUUGCUGAAGAGAAGAUACCAGUCAAGGCACUCUAUGAUUUCCUGCCCAGAGAACCCUGUAAUUUAGCAUUAAAGAGAGCAGAAGAAUACCUUAUAUUGGAGAAGUAUAAUCCUCACUGGUGGAAGGCAAGAGACCGUUUGGGGAAUGAAGGCUUAAUCCCAAGCAACUACGUGACUGAAAACAAACUAACCAAUUUAGAAAUAUAUGAGUGGUACCAUAAAAACAUUACCAGAAAUCAGGCAGAGCGUCUAUUGAGACAAGAGUCUAAAGAAGGUGCAUUUAUUGUCAGAGAUUCAAGAUAUUUGGGAUCCUACACAAUUUCUGUGUAUAUUAGAGCUAGAAGAAGUAUGGAGGCUGCCAUAAAACAUUAUCAGAUAAAAAGGAAUGACUCAGGACAGUGGUACGUGGCUGAAAGACACCUCUUUCAAUCAGUCCCUGAGUUGAUCUGGUAUCACCAGCACAAUGCAGCCGGUCUCAUGACCCGUCUCCGCUAUCCAGUUGGGCUGAUGGGCAGUUGUUUACCAGCCACGUCUGGUUUUAGCUAUGAAAAGUGGGAGAUUGAUCCGUCUGAGUUGGCUUUUGUAAAGGAGAUUGGAAGUGGUCAGUUUGGGGUGGUCCAUUUAGGCGAAUGGCGAGCACAUAUCCAGGUAGCUAUCAAGGCCAUCAAUGAAGGCUCCAUGUCCGAAGAGGAUUUCAUUGAAGAGGCUAAAGUGAUGAUGAAAUUGUCUCAUUCAAGGCUAGUCCAGCUUUAUGGGGUAUGUAUACAGCAGAGGCCCCUUUAUAUUGUGACAGAAUUUAUGGAAAAUGGAUGCCUGCUUACCUAUCUCAGGGAGAGAAAAGGAAAGCUCCAUAAGGAAAUGCUCCUGAGCAUGUGCCAGGAUAUAUGUGAAGGAAUGGAAUACCUGGAGAGAAACUGCUACAUUCAUAGGGAUUUAGCGGCAAGGAAUUGUUUGGUCAGUUCUACAAGUAUAGUAAAAAUUUCGGACUUUGGAAUGACGAGGUAUGUCUUGGAUGAUGAAUAUAUCAGUUCUUCUGGAGCCAAGUUCCCAAUCAAGUGGUCCCCUCCUGAAGUUUUUCAUUUCAACAAGUACAGCAGUAAAUCUGAUGUCUGGUCAUUUGGAGUUUUAAUGUGGGAAGUUUUUACAGAAGGAAAAAUGCCUUUUGAACAUAAGUCAAAUUUGCAAGUCGUGGAAGCCAUCUCUAAUGGCUUCAGGCUGUAUCGCCCUCACCUGGCACCCAUGUCCAUUUAUGAAGUCAUGUACAGCUGCUGGCAUGAGACACCUAAAGGCCGUCCUACAUUUGCUGAACUGCUGCAGGUCCUCACAGAGAUUGCAGAAACCUGGUGACCUGAAAUGGAAUGCCAACCCAGAGGGUCAUCUUGCCAAAUUGUCACAAAAGGGAACUGAUGGUGACUGUCUUCCUGUAGAGUUGCUGACUCUUGGAAACAGUGCUUUUCAAACUUUUUAAAAUUUAAGAAUAUUGUGAUAAUAGUUUUUUUACAUGUGUGAGAAGGACCUCUAAACUCUUAUUUUUCUCUAGUCUUUUGCAUCCUACAUGUGAAGAAGGGAAACAGGCUCCACAGCAGCCUGCACAGUGGCGGCACAUCAUAGUAAUGGCCCCAAGAAACCUCCCCCUUCACAAGGCUGGGGAAGUUUCUUUCCUGAUGAGGAGUGGCAUUCAUGACUUCAGUGGUCCAUGCAUAGAAGAUGAAAAUAAAUUCUGUGAACUCAUGGAAUAAGGGAGCCUCCCCUGCAGAAUUUCAUGCUUUUGAGCUGUACAGAUUUUAAUAGAAAGCGCACCUUUGUAAACCACAUGAAUGUGAGUGUUAUGGAAAUGUCUUUUGUAAACUUUCUACUUGUUAUUUAACUAAUUGUUUUUGCACAUAUCUGAUUAUAUGGGGGACAUUUUCUUGCACUCCAGUUUUAAACACUGCUGUAGGAAAUAACUAAAGUUCCCCUUUGAACAGAUCCUGGUGACAUUUCUAUUUUUGGUGAUAUCCAUUCUCAGGAAAAUUUGGAAACCGAUUUUAGUUCUGAGAUUUCUCAUUUUGUACAUAUGAAAUUGGACAAUUAAGAAGACUUUCUUUGUUAUAGUAAGUGUCUCCUGUACUUUUCUGGAAGAUGACUUGUUCUUUCUGAAGGGG